AUGGAGGUCUGGAUCCUAGGUCUAGUAGUGUGUGAGUGUCUUUCUCUGGCAAAUAAAGUGGAGCUGCGUUUUGGAUCUUGUCUAGGUGGUUGUUCAACUCUCCCCUGGGGCCACGCUGGUGGCGAAAAGGCGGAGGCAAGGAUGAUCCCUGGCAGCGGAUCCUUCGGCGGCUUCCCUCAGCCGGAUCCAUGGCGAAGCUUAGGCCCGUCCGGUUUCGUCCCCACUUCUCCCCCCUUUUCUUGCUGUAAUAAAUUCCAAUAUGGUGCGCCAGAUGCUCUUCUUCCUCGAUCUGUUCUUACCACCAUGGUUGUGGGAAGAGAGAUAGAGCAGCAGGAGAUGUACAUGCCUACCACUUGCAGGAGGCCUCGUUGCUACCUUCCUCCACUUGAUGCCGCCAAGGUGGUGGAUGAAGAGGGGUGGGGAAGCACUGAGCUGAAGAUUGAUGGUCGGGUUCGAGCUCAUCAGCAGAGGAUUCUAUGGUGGAGCUACGGCGCCUGCAGUCGGCUGCCGGUGUUCAUCGACCCUCUGCUUCUUCUGGUCGAAGGGCGGCCAACCCCUUUCCUCCUGGCUUGCAUGCCUUAUGGGAGGCAGUUCCAGUUUUCGUUCAGAGGCUAUGGGAUGCACGUGCUGCACCCAUGGCGAUCUCGUCGCCCCAAGUGGUUCGUCCCCGGCGACGGCGAGGUUCAAUCUGAGCAAAGGCUGCCAAGGACCCGAUUGCGUUUUAAUCUUUCAGCUAGGGGUUCUCCAUGCAAAAGUCUGGGACUUUGUUGUAAUCUUUCUUUUUCUUUCGGUCCUGAUGUAAAGUGUGCUUUGAAGCUUAUCUAA